AUGGGCGCUGGGGGCGGCGGUGGCUGUCGAGUGCGGGCCCGCGACCAGGAACAGCUCCCCGGGCGGGCGCGCCGGCGUCGGACUUCGGAGGCGGCGGCUUCUGCCUCUGGUGCCGCCGCCGCCGGAGCUGCGGCUGCCGCGGAAGUUAAUUGGGGAAGGGGCCGGCGGGAGCUGCUCUCCGCUCGGCGGUCGCCGCGCCCGCAGUCUGGAGGCGCACCGGAGCGGCCGGGGCGCCCCCCGCGGGAGCCCAGAGCCCCCCGGGGCGCGCAUCCAGCCGCGGCUCCUUCGGCCGGGCACGCCGCGCCCGGGGGCUCCGCGGACCCCGCGUCGCCGCCGCUCCCGAGCUUGUGCGACGCGGGCUGGUCGGCGGGGCGGCGAGGGCCCGGCCCGCCUCCCCAGCGCCCGCCCCGGCUUCUCCCCCUGGCGGUGGAGCCUCAGCGGCCGCCGGCUACACUGAGCGCGCCGGAGCCCGAGCCGAGCCGAGCCCGAGCCGCCGCCGCCGCCGCCGCCGCCGCCACUGCCGCGCGCCGCUCCCAGGCUCCCUCCCAGCGCGCCGGCCGGGGUGUGGGGGGCGGCGGGCCGGAGGGACGAGGGCGGGCGAGAGGCGCGCGCUGGGAUUGGCGCCGAAGACCGGACCCUCAGCCGCUAGGGGACAUUGCACGUGUCUGCUCUUGUAAGACUUUGGCUGCAGAACCCAAGUGUGAACCCUGCUCGGGGUCUGGAGAAGAUCAAAGGGGAGCCUGCAUGUGAGAUCUCUUUGGAAACCCUGAAGCACUCUGUGAAUCAAAAGGGUAAAUUUUUUCUCUCUUCCCUUGUACCAUAAACGCCAUGAGAAUGUUUGACAGGGCCUGUUAUGUGGGUCUUUAAAAAUUUUUGAAGUAUAUAUAUAAAAAAAUCACACUGUAAACCUUAAAUAUUUGCCAUUUUUAUUUGCCAACUAAACAUCAGUAAAGAGGGCUAAGUUUUUUUUUUUUAAUUUUUUUAACAUUUAUUUAUUUUUGAGACAGAGAGAGACAGAGGGUGAAGAGGGGAGGGUCAGAGAGAGAGGGAGACACAGAAUCCGAAACAGGCUCCAGGCUCUGAGCUGUCAGCACAGAGCCUGACGCGGGGCUCGAACUCACGGACCUUGAGAUCAUGACCUGAGCUGAAGUCGGACGCUUAAUCGACUGAGCCACCCAGGCGCCCCAAGAGGGCUAAGUUUUGAUGAAACAAUGAACCACUGAUGGAAUGAAAGAAUCCGUGAAUGUUAUGCACUGAAUGUCUGUGCCCCACCCCACCCCCCAACCUCAUAUGUUGGAAUCCCAACCCCCAAUGUGAUAGUGUGAGAGGUGGGGCCUUUGGGAGGCAAUUAGGUUUAUAUGAGGUCAUGAGGGUGGAGCUCAAGUUAGUGCCUUUACAAGAAGGGGAGAUACCAGCAUUUCCUCUCCACCACAUGAUGACACAGUGAGAAGGCAGCCAUCUUCAAGCCAAGAAGAGGGCCCCCACCAAGAACUGAAUGUACUUGUGCCUUGAUCUUGGACCUCCCAGCCUCCAGAGCUGUGAAAAAAUAAACAUCUGCUGUUUAAGCCGC